UACGCCGCUGCCUCAGCGGAGGCUCUCACAGCGCAUGCGCCACGGCCCAGGGUCGGCCUCAGCGCUCAGCAGCGGCGGCGGAAAAGGAGUUCGGAAGUUCAAAAUGGCCGCGGCAGCGAUGGUGGAGUCAGGGCUGACGGGUCACGGAAUUGAAGAUGCUGAGAUUUCAGAGCGAAGUGCCAAUGAAGAAAAUGGGGACAUUUCAGAAGCUGAACCACUUCAAAACAAGCAUAGCAGACAUAAAAAAAAGAAACAUAAACACAGAGGAAAACAUAAGAAACACAAACAUUCUUCAGAGGACGAUAAAGACAAAAAGCAUAAACAUAGACACAAGCAUAAGAAACAUAAACGGAAGGAGGUUGCUGAUGCCUCUGAUAAAGAAGACGGGCCAACAAAAAGAACUAAAAUUGAUUUCUUAGCCCCUCUGGAAGACUUGGAAAAACAACGAGCAUUGCUAAAGGCUGAACUUGAAAAUGAGUUAAUGGAAGGAAAAGUUCAGUCUGGGAUGGGAUUAAUAUUGCAAGGUUAUGAGUCAGGUUCUGAAGAAGAGGGAGAGAUCAAUGACAAGGUUAGAAAUGGAACUAGAUCUGCAACUAAAUCCUCCAGCAUUAAGGGAAAACAGGAGAUUGCAGACAAAACUAUUUCAAAGAAACGGAGUAGAAGUAAAUCAAAAGAACGGACUCGACACAGAUCUGAUAAAAAGAAAAGUAAGUCAGGAGUUGAUGGGAUCAAAGAGAAAACAACUAGAAGUAAGUCAAAAGAAAGAAGAAAAUCCAAAAGCCCAUCUAAAAAAACCAAGUCACAAGACCUCGUAGGAAAGUCAAAAUCUCCAACUCUUAAAAGGCGCUCUCAAGAGAAAAAUAGGAAAUCCAGAUCUCCUCCUGAGGAAAAGACUAAAGUGGAAGAGAAGAGUAAAUCAAGAGAUCAUAAAAAAUCUCCAAUUGUCAGUGAAAGUAAAAGUAGAGAUCGUGGCAAAAAAUCCAAAUCUCCAGUAGAACUAAGAAGCAAAUCCAAAGACAGACGAUCAAGGUCCAAAGAUCGAAAAUCCAGGAGACUGGAGACUGAUAAAGAAAAGAAACCUACUAAGUCUCCUUCUAAAGAUGCUUCAUCAGGGAAAGAAAACAGGUCUCCUAGUAGGAGACCAGGCCGCAGCCCUAAAGGGAGAAGUUUGUCUCCAAAACUGCGUGAGAAGCCAAGACGCAGCAGAUCGCCUCUUGUUAAUGAUCGCCGGUCUAAGCAGAGUAAAUCACCAUCUCGAAACAGAUCUCCAGGUAGGAGAGCAAAGAGCAGGUCAGUAGAGAGAAAAAGAAGAGAAUCAGAAAGGAGGCGGUUUUCCUCACCAAGAACACGAACUAGAGAUGAUAUCCUCUCUAGACGUGAAAGAUCAAAAGAUGCCAGCCCACCUAGGUGGUCCCCAUCCAGAAGAAGAUCCAGAUCUCCCAUUAGGCGACGAUCUCGUUCACCUCUUCGCCGUAGCCGGUCUCCAAGAAGGCGUAGUCGAUCUCCUAGGAGGAGAGAUAGAGGUCGACGAAGUAGAUCUCGUCUUAGGAGGAGAUCCAGGUCACGGGGUGGCCAUAGACGGAGGAGUAGGAGCAAAAUAGAAGAUAAAUUUAAAGGAAGUCUUUCUGAAGGAAUGAAAGCUGAGCAAGAUUCUUCAUCAGAUGAAAACCUUGAAGACUUUGAUGUUGAAGAAGAAGAUGAAGAAGCUCUCAUAGAACAGAGAAGGUUACAGAGACAAGCAAUUGUGCAGAAAUACAAGUAUUUAGCUGAAGACAGUAACAUGUCUGUGCCAUCUGAACCAAGCAGUCCCCAGAGCAGUACUCGUAGUCGCUCAAAUUCGCCUGAUGACAUUCUGGAACGGGUAGCUGCAGAUGUUAAAGAGUACGAGCGGGAAAAUGUGGACACUUUUGAGGCCUCUGUGAAAGCCAAGCACAACCUCAUGGCUGUUGAGCAAAAUAAUGGUUCAUCUCAGAAGAAAAUCAUAGCACCUGACAUGUUCACAGAAUCUGAUGACAUGUUUGCUGCAUAUUUUGAUAGCGCACGCCUUAGGGCUGCUGGCAUUGGAAAAGACUUCAAAGAAAACCCUAACCUCAGGGAUAACUGGACUGAUGCGGAAGGAUAUUAUCGUGUUAAUAUUGGUGAAGUUCUAGAUAAACGUUACAAUGUAUAUGGCUAUACUGGCCAAGGAGUUUUCAGUAAUGUGGUUAGGGCCAGAGAUAUGGCAAGAGCAAAUCAAGAAGUGGCUGUCAAAAUCAUCAGGAACAAUGAGCUCAUGCAGAAAACUGGUCUAAAAGAAUUAGAAUUCUUGAAAAAACUCAAUGAUGCAGACCCAGACGAUAAGUUCCAUUGUUUGCGAUUGUUCCGUCAUUUUUAUCACAAGCAGCACCUCUGUCUGGUAUUUGAACCACUCAGUAUGAAUUUGCGAGAGGUUCUAAAGAAGUAUGGAAAGGAUGUUGGUCUCCAUAUAAAGGCUGUGCGAUCCUAUAGUCAGCAGCUAUUUCUGGCAUUAAAACUUCUGAAAAGGUGUAACAUCUUGCAUGCAGAUAUAAAGCCAGAUAAUAUUUUGGUGAAUGAAUCUAAAACCAUACUAAAGCUCUGUGACUUCGGAUCAGCUUCUCAUGUAGCUGAUAAUGACAUCACGCCAUACCUUGUCAGUCGAUUUUAUCGAGCUCCUGAAAUUAUUAUAGGCAAAAUCUAUGACUACGGUAUAGAUAUGUGGUCUGUAGGCUGUACACUGUAUGAACUUUACACAGGAAAAAUAUUGUUUCCUGGGAAAACCAAUAAUCAUAUGUUGAAGCUUGCUAUGGACCUCAAGGGAAAGAUGCCAAACAAGAUGAUCCGAAAAGGUGUGUUUAAAGAUCAACACUUCGAUCAAAAUCUCAACUUUAUGUAUAUAGAGGUAGAUAAAGUAACAGAAAGGGAAAAAGUAACUGUCAUGAGCACCAUCAAUCCCACGAAGGAUCUACUAGCAGAUUUAAUUGGGUGCCAGCGCCUCCCUGAAGACCAGCGUAAAAAGGUUCACCAACUGAAGGACUUAUUGGACCAGAUCCUUAUGUUAGACCCAGCUAAACGGAUUAGUAUCAACCAGGCUCUGCAGCAUGCCUUCAUCCAGGAGAAAAUUUAAAUCCAGUGAAGAAGUUCAAAGGGUUUGAAUAGUUAAUAUACAAAGACUGAUGAGAUUUCACAGCAGUUUAUAAGUGUACAUAGAACAUAUAAAUAAUAAUUUCCCUGCAGAGUUGAGGAAGAAUGGUAUAUUUGAAUUAACAUCAAGGCUGAUAUUUCUUUUAGAAAUGUUAGAGUAAAUCUGUUUGUCUCUCCUGUGAAGAUUUUUUUUUUCCACCGUAGAACCGUUUCAAUUGCCAACACUGCACAGAAGUACAACGCUAAUGCCUAUGGUUGCAGUUCCUAUAAACACACCAAACACACGCAUUCUGUCAAACACGAAAUCUGUUAAGAAAGAUCAGACUGGGUGGUUGAUUUUGUUUUUUAGCAGAUUUGGCUUCAUUUUUGUCUCUGCAAAAUGGCCAGCAUAAAUGCUGUUUAUAUUACGUUUUCCUAGGUGUGUGUGCGUGCAGGCCACAGCAGCAUGCCCUUGGUGUAGUCAGUGCCGAAGGGGGUCUUGUUCCUUCUUGAGCCUGCCCGCAGGGAUGGUCUCCUCUUUUAAAGCAGGUUGUGUACAACUUUCAGUACACUGAAGGUAAGCUAAACCAUCAACAUCACUGGUGUUUAAGUUUCUGUACUGGGGCAACUGACAAAUGAGGGUCAAUAGCUUUGUAGCAGAAUUUCCUGCAUGUUUGAGAAAUGAACUUGUUUUUUGUUUUCUGGCAUUACAACUGGCAUAAUUCCCACUUCUGUUUGAUCAUCACAUUUUUAAAAAAAUUGGGCGAGUGUGCACUUGAUGGAGAGAGCGCCUUCAGUGUACUGUUUAUUACCUUCAUUUUUUAAAAAAAAAUCAGCUUGCUCUAUAUAUAUAUAGACUUUAUAUACAUUUUGUUAAAUACAGUUCACUACGGCAUAGACCCAGAGCUAAGAAAAGAGUUUUCAUUUACUAACAGCGAAUAUUGAACUCCGAUUCCAAAAGUUAUCUCAUGGCCAGAUAGAAAACAUCAUAAUAAACUUUUUAGCUAUUUGUAUGUCAUUUGAAAGUGUACUGCUUUAUGCUAAAGGUGUUUUUUUUUUAAUUUGUUCACUGUUUUCAUUAUUUGUGAUCAUGUUGUCUUUCAAUACAGGCAUAAACCUUCCACUCUUGAACAAAGCAGCUGCUUUUUAAAAGCGGUAAUUGCUUCUUUACCUUUUAUUUCUUUUGUAAAUGAAAUUUUCUUUAAGAAAUGUGACUUUAAAGUGUUGUCUCUUGCAUAAAACAGUUGACAUUCACUUAUUGUGAAGUGAAGAUUGUUCUGCUGCAUGUAAAGUGGACCAUGCAGAUUUCUGUAUGUUUUCAGUAUGCAUCAUUAGAUAAUAAAGUCUUUUGUGAACAAGGCAUUGGUAGCCAUUUUUAAAAGAUUUUUUUUUGUCUCCAGUGUUCCCGACUCAGGUAAUCCAUAAGAAGAAAUCUUCAUGUUUGAUAGCCCAUUAAUUAAAUCAGUUACUAAAAGAUACAGUCCUUUGAAAAUAUUAGACUAAUUACUGACUUCGUAGUGUAAAUAACCCCAUUUCCCCCAGCACCCUACAGAUACUGUCUGCUUUCAUUAUAAUGAAAUUUAUUCCUGUACAUUUUGGGAUUGGAUACAGGUUUUAACUAAUGUUUGUGCUGUUUUUCUUACUUUUCCUUUUUGAUGGUGCUGAGAGACAAAGGAAAGCAAGUCACAGGCCACUCAACGCCUACUCCAGGGGGUCUGGUUUGCUGAGACACCAACUUCACCUUCCUAACAAGGUUAUUUCUGACAGCAUGUGUAGAUAAAACUUUAGCAGCAAUGUAAAUGGUAGUUUGUUGUUCAUCACGAGGAUCCCCAAAUCAGUGAUAUCAUGAUUGCCGGUCCAGUUCUUGGGUAAAAAGUGAUCAAUUUUGUGCUUGUACAUUUUGUGUAUAUUUCCACAGCUAUAUGAAGCCACAGUCACAGGUGCUUUGUAAAAGCCCCCUAAAUAGGAUUUUUAACCCAUUUAGGCAUGUAGUUGCUUCCAGUGUGCACAGUUCAGUGCAGUUAGUUAUAUUGCUUGUGGAAUGCUCCUCAUGAGAUGCUCUCCACUGUGACAACAUAGUGAACCACAAAGGAGACAAAAGGUGGGUGAUGUUACCUGCCUGUUUUGGACCUUCUGCUCUGUCUCCUCCUCUUCAUUUUAAUGUUACUUUAUAAGUAGUAAAUGUAUUUCUCUCUCAACUUACUUAAAAUGUUUCUUGUCCGUGCAGGAGGCAGAAUGCAGCAUUGCCACUCGAAGAAGUAGAUUACUUGAUAGUUAUUUGCACACAAAAGUAAUGUGCAGAGCUUUGGUGACCCUUUCAACCUAACUUGCACAUCUCGUGGCAGUCUGACACAGAUGUUGUAAAGUUCUGUCGCCUCCAUCACUGUUACACAAAUAGUGAAAAGAGCUGGUCUUGUCAACUCCAGUAGCAGCAGCGUGCCUUAUGGUUACAUAAUUUUAAGCCCUUCUCAAGAAAAGCAAGGAGUUGCUUGUUUACUUGUUCUUUGUGUUGUAGGUGCCGUUCAAAGGAAGAUGAUGGCAACCAGAAGACAUGAACAAAGGUUUCUGUUCUAUAAAAGAUAUGAAAAACAUUCUUCCAUUUAGUUAUGUCCGGGUUUUUUUUCCCCCCAGUUCACAGCACUCAGAUUUAGGUGCCAAUUAUACCCUUGCCACACUGGCAGGUUUUAGCGUAGCACUAAUGUGGCAUUUUUUUAAAAAACAUGUAAAAUGUUGUCUGUUUUGUUUUUUGAGUGAUGUGAUUUUUGUUGUGAUAAAAUUGAGGUAGGAUGUUUUAAAUAUUGUAUUAUUAUAUUUUAUCUCCUUGGCAAAGAUCAACCAAACAUUAGGGUAAAAUAGACCAAUAGGAUCGCUAAUGUGCUCUUUUAAAAAAAGAAGUAUGAAAUAGAGCAGCCUUCGUUGCUUAAGAGUAUCCAUAAUUUAUGCAGAAUAAAUAUUAAUAUUGCUGUGGAUUUGUCAGGUGGGCCUAGAUUCUUCAGACCCUUUUCGCUUUUUGACAGCACAGAUUGGCUGUGGGGUUGUGUGCCUGAAAGCCAGCAGAGACUAUGUAGAUCUGCCUAAAUUAGGUCUGUGUAAGUCUCAUCCAAAUCCAUUAUUUGGUAAGAGGCGGCUGGAUGGUGCUGUGUUUUUCUCCCAUGCUGUUCUCUGUAAACUUUACACUGAGUGGAAUACAGAUUUUUUUGGACCAUCAUAGCAUCUGUUGUACUAAGGUUGAGAUGUGCAAACCCCAGAAAAAAAGAGAUCUAUGCAUUGGCACUGGUCAGUCAAGCGAAUAUCCUGCUUUUAUAAUGAUGCAGCAGGUUAGGAAAUGCGUUAUGGGAAUUCUUUUUUGGAACCUAUAUGUUCAUCACUGUUUUUGUGCUACAGUGUAGGUUGACAUGCCAUAAAUGGUUUUUUGUUUAUGAUUUUGGUAAAUCUGAUGUGGCUUUAUCACUUUCCUUUGCUAACGAUGUGUUUCCCUCCCUGUGUAGGGUAAGUGGCAGAAAACCUGUGAGAAAACAUUUGCAUGGAUUGACGUGCUCAAGAGGCAGAUCAGUCUAUGAAAAUACCGAACGCUGGUAUCUUUGGCAAGCUGUAAUGUAACCUUGUGUAACAAAAUGUAAAGUGGUAAUUUCCUGCAAGAUAAUAAAAAUACCUUUGGAAAUCAUCUGUUAACAUUUACUUGUAAUUUCUAUGAAGUUGAUUCGGUUUAAAAAAACCCUGUUAAACAUUAGACACCCAGACAAUUUAGUGUUUGGUUCAAAAGAAGGUCACUGUAUUAAUUUACUGUUUCUUUGGCUCUGCUUUCCUCUCGUGAAGGAGGCAUUGCAGCAGAACAGUAAUAAUUUAAUCUUUAUCUCCUGCUCCAAAACUGAGUUGAUAAUUUAGUUUAAUUCAUGAGUGCACUUUAACUAUUCUUAAGGCAGUUGUUAUCCAUAAAUGUUUAGGUGACACUUGUGGUUUUGGGGUCACAUUUGUAUAUCUUAAAAACAUAUGAUUUAGUUCUUAUUUGUUUUUCCUCAGAACAGUUUUGCAGGUGUUACCAUAAGGGGAUUUCUGAUUCAAGGCAAUCAUUAAUAGUUAGGUGGGUGUUUUUUCUCCUUAGAUCUUGCUUUCUCAAGUAAAUUGCUUUUUUUGUGAAAGCAUUCAUUCAUCCAUUCAUUGUUUGGAUUAUAUUGACACGAAACUCAUGUAUAAACAAUAUGUGCUGGUUACGUGAAGGGAGAGCACAGAGUACUUACUGAUGAUAACAAACUGGGAGACUUUUUCUUGCAAGCUUAUAUGAAUGUCACCCAUUUUCUGAGUUAACGGAAAAUGAUCCAAAGCUCGUUAUCAAGCAAGACUUCUACCUAAAUCUUUCUGCACUCUUCGUGACACCAUUCUGGUAACACAGACAGAACCUUUAUCAUUUCAUGGCCUUUUAUCACCAUUGUUUCCAAACCUGUUUUCUAUGUACUUGUGUGUGCUCAUCUGCCAUCUGAGGGUAACACUUCAUGUAUCUGAUGGAAUAGUCUUUAUUCAAAAUUAUGCUGCAAUAAAUUAAUCUUUAACAGAU